AUGGAUGGUCUAGGUGAACAGAAUACAGCCUUGCAGAUGAAGCCACGGUCGAUGGUAGAAGAAGAAGUACCAGCCGGUGAAGUCGCAGCUCAAGCUCAACGGGAAAUCGAAAGGCUCCUACAAGAUAACCAAAAAGAAAGGGCCGUGCUAGCGGACCGGUAUAAGAAGAAAAUAGACUUCCUAGAGGAAGAAAUAGAAAGACUAACUGAUCGGGGCGCCAGCGAUCGACUAAUAGAAAAGAAAGAAAGAGAAAUUUUCGCACUAAUAGCUGACUAUAAUCGUAGAGUGGCACCACUCCUCAAACGAUGA